AUGCAGACUGAGAAUAUGGCGCCUCUCUCCAACGUCACAGUGCACAUGGCUGCCGGCGAUACAAAGGCACAUGAAGAAAACAACUUCAAUGUGAAUAUAUGGCAAUAUUCUUCAGCCAACGACUGGCCCAUUGCUACCUGCUUCCAAUGUGGACAUCCGAAAUGCGAUACUCCGCCUGCAGGUAGUACCCGCGAAGAAGGACCAUCGAAUACCCUGAAGAACGAAAAUGAUGCUGCUGGCGCACACAAUGAUGUCGCCAACCAUGCUACCCGGUUGAAAGCCUUGCUGGCUAGAUUGCCUAAGCUGGAAAUCGCGGACAAAGACACUGGGAGAGGCGCGGUUCAUUGCGAACAAGAGCAUGACCAUGCCAAUGUUGCUGCCACCCCGGAGUACAGCAUCUUCCCAAAAAUAGAGGCGCCACUAGGUAUUCCAGAAAAUGAAACUGAACGGAGAAUCUCACGAUCUGAGGGCGACGGACUAAGCGCUUCCCGACUGAAGGCCUUGUUGUCCACACUAGCCUCCUUGCGUUGCCCUCAAUUGGCUGAUCAAGACAGCGAUGACAGUGAUGGACCACCGCGCACGGGCGAGUCCACAGGACCAAUGACUUCUCCGUCCACAUCGCCGUCUUUAGAGCAUGACGCAGUAUAUUUCGGACUCGAGGACUUUCCCGAAGACCUCUUGGAUUCAAUUUCAGCUACUGCUGGGAUGAAGCUCAUUCGCGAGGGAUCUCAUUAG